AUGGCGAGAAACUCUCUUUACGACUUCUCUGCAGAGACUUUAGAUGGAGAGACAGUUUCACUCAGUAAGUUUAGGGGCAAAGUAGUUUUGAUUGUGAAUGUCGCCACUUUCUGAGGGUCGACCAUCGAGGAGUACCACCGACUGAAUGCACUGAUGGAAAUGUUCGGUGACCGCAACUUCACUGUCCUGGGCUUCUCCUGCAACCAAUUUGGACUCCAGGCUCCCGAGGACAAUCAGGAAACCCUGAAUAUCCUGAAGUACGUGAGACCUGGGAGUGGAUUUGUGCCAAAGUUUCCUGUCUUUGGUAAAGUGGAAGUGAACGGAUUGAACGAAGACCCACUUUUCACCUACCUGAAGGACGUGUUGCCAUUUGUGAACCCAGUUAUCGGAGAAACGAAGAAAUUGUAUUGGUCACCCAUCCAAGUCAACGAUAUACGAUGGAAUUUUGAGAAAUUUCUUAUCGCUGGAGAUGGCAGUCCAUUCCGACGGUAUGAUCUUCACUGUCCUAUAGAGAAAGUUGAGGAGGACAUAGCAGGACUUAUUUAGCGAAUCUCUUCAGUUCACCUCCAGUGGGACAGUGACGACCCCUCAGUAAAUGCAUUCAAGCCGCUGAGCUGGGUCUGAUGGG